CCGCCGGUUCAUAUAAACGCGUGGUGAGCGCGCGCCCCGCUCAGUGGAAGGAGGCUAGCGCUCGACCCGCGUCGCACCGUACCGCGCUCAGCGCACGCGCACCCUGCACCGCGCCCGAGCGCCGCCGACUGCACCGCGACUUCGACACAGAGGACAAAAAUCAUGUUCGUUUAGUUACACUCGUAUUUCGUCCUUAAGACGUAAUCGCAGACUCAGUUCGUUCUUUGUUUUAUUGAAAGAAAAACGUUAAAAAUUCAAAAUGGUUAGCGGAAACAAAAACCCCGAGGACCCGAUCAAGAUACCGCCGAAGAACCGCGACAAGAAGACCAACAACUACAAGCGAGCCAACUUCAUCACGAAAACAUGGUUCAUGUGGAUGAUGCCGACGUUCUGGAGGGGCUACAAGAGGGACCUAUACGACUCCGACCUCACCAAGCCCAAAGACAGCCACCUCUCCGACAAACUCGGGGACCGACUCGAAAAGAAAUGGCUGGAGGAGAUAUCGCUAGCGAGCCGGCAGGGACGCAAGCCGUCCCUCCUCCGCGCGAUGACCAAGGCAUUCUGGUUGAGCUACGCACCUUCCGGCGUCAUGUUUUUCAUACAGGCGCUCAUCCUCAAGCCUUUCCAGCCGGUGGCUCUGAGCAUGAUGCUGUCGUACUGGGAGCCAGGGUCGGACAUGACGUACGAGCAGGCGAUCUACUGCGCCGCCUCCGUCAUCCUCAUGUCGCUGCUCAUCGCCUUCCUCAACCACCACGGCACCUUCUCCACGCAGCAGUUCGGCAUGAAAGUGCGCAUAGCUGCCUGCUCGCUCAUCUAUAGAAAGGUAAUGCGCAUGAGUUCAGGCGCGCUGGCCGAGACCACGGCAGGUCAGGUGGUGAAUCUGCUCUCCAACGACGUGAACAGAUUCGACUACGCCUUCAUCUACACCCAUUUCAUCUGGCUGCUGCCGCUUCAAGUGGUGCUCGUCUGCUACUUGAUCUACCUGAAAAUAGGCUACGCAGCCAUCGUUGGUGUCAUUGGAAUUGUCCUACAAACCCUGCCAGUGCAAUCUUAUAUGAGUAAACUAGCCGCUAUUCUUCGUAUGAAAACCGCUGUGAAAACUGACGAACGUGUCCGCAUCAUGGACGAAAUCAUCAGCGGCAUGCAGGUUAUAAAAAUGUACGCGUGGGAAAAACCAUUCGAGCAAGUGGUGGCGCUGGCUCGUAAGAACGAGAUCAACUGCAUCACGUCCGCCUCCUACCUGCGAGGGGUCUACCUCAGCUUUAUGGUCUUCACCGAAAGACUCUCCCUCUACAUCACUCUACUCUCCUACUCACUAUUCGGAUACCAAGUGACUGCUGACAUUGCAUUUCCACUGGCUCAAAUGUUUAACAUUCUACAAGCUUCAUUAGCUGUACAUAUGCCUAAUAGCCUGUCCAUGUUAACGGAGUCGUACAUUUCGAUACUCCGCAUAGAACGUCUCAUGUCCCUAGAUGAACGCGAAGACCUCCGGAGCGUCGCGGACGUCGACAUAGCGAAGCUCGUACAAAUGGUCGAGAACAAAAAGAACAAGAAUCUCAGCGAAUUGGAUCUCUGUCAGAACACAUUCAAGAAAAUUGACGACGAAGGCAUUUACAAUCCAGGAUUCGACUGCAACGAAAAGGGUAUCAUGGGUCCGGGUCACAACGCUGUACCGCCGAGCCCCGACGUGGGCAUCAGCAUCCAGAACGUAUCCGCCAGGUGGACCGACGACGCCGUCACACUUAAAAACAUUAACAUCACCAUCCCUAAGGGAAAACUCUGCGCCAUCAUCGGGUCCGUUGGAUCGGGAAAGAGUUCCGUCCUGCAGCUGCUACUCAAUGAGCUACGUUCCACGCAGGGCAGCAUAUACCUGUCCGGGCCCCUGUCGUACGCCUGCCAGGAGCCAUGGCUGUUCGUGGCCACCGUCCGACAGAACAUCCUGUUCGGCCUGCCUUAUAACCCCAAAAAAUAUAUGGAGGUUGUAAGAGUGUGCGCUCUACAAAAGGACUUCCAACAAUUCCCUCACGGAGACCAGACGCUGGUUGGAGAGCGGGGUGCCUCACUAUCAGGAGGUCAAAGAGCUCGUAUCAACCUUGCAAGAGCUGUAUACCGCCAGGCUGACAUCUACCUGCUGGACGACCCGCUGUCGGCAGUGGACGCACACGUCGGCCGGCAGCUGUUCGACGAGUGCAUCAACGGCUACCUGCGGCACAGCACGAGGAUUCUCGUCACCCACCAACUGCAUUACCUCAAAGCCGUCGACUACAUCGUGAUUCUGAACAACGGAUCCAUCGAAGCUACCGGGAGCUACUCAGAACUAGUCUCAUCGGGCAAAGACUUCGCUAAGCUACUGGACACUACUCACGAUGCAAAUGAAACUAAUGAGGACGUGGAAAAGCCCAUGCCAUUGUCACGUCGCGCCUCGAGGGUAUCUACAACUAGACGAGCGUCAAUUGUUUCGACUUGCCGACGAGCUUCCCUGGCUUCGGCUGUGUCUAUCGGAACCGAAAUUCCUGCACAAGAGAUGGAAGAGGAAGAAAGAGAGUCUGGCUCUAUGGGCUGGCAUGUGUAUGGCGCCUACAUGAGGGCGGGCGGCAAAGCGCCAAGACUAUUGCUGAUGGUGCUCCUUCUAGUAAUCGGACAACUAUCUGCAACACUUUGCGACUAUUGGGUGAUGUUCUGGACAAACGAAGUCACACGGCUCAAGGAAAGAGAAAAGAACAACACAAUCGCAGACGAUUUUGACAUGGACGUGAACGAAAGGGCCAACUCUACCUUCAGCUUUGCUAGUUACUUUACCGGAAUUGAAGUUAAACCAAGUAUGGACAUCCACGCAUACAUCGGCCCACUGGACACCGUGCAGUAUCUGUACAUAUACACGAUACUCAUCAUCUGCUGCAUCUUCUUCAUCACGGCCCGAGCGUUCAUGUUCUUCAAGGUCUGCAUGACGGCUUCCAGGAACCUCCAUAACGACAUGUUCCAUUCCAUGCUGCGUGGUGUUAUGAGAUUCUUUGACACUAAUUCAUCAGGUCGUAUUCUGAACCGUUUCUCAAAGGAUAUGGGUGCCUUGGAUGAACUGUUACCGCGUUUCUUCCUGGAGUGCAUACAGAUCUACCUUGUGAUGUCCAGUAUAUUGGCCUUAAACGCAGCUGCCCUAGUGUGGACCCUGCUACCUACCACUUGUAUUCUACUGGUGUUCUACAUGAUUCUCCAGAUAUAUCUGAAGUCAGCUCAAUCAAUUAAGCGUCUCGAAGGCACAACUCGCAGUCCUGUAUUCUCUCACAUGUCCGCCACCCUCAACGGAAUCAGUACUAUCAGAUCAGCCGGUGCCCAACAAAGGCUUAUCAAGGAAUUCGAUCGUUUCCAGGACGUGCACACUUCAACUUGGAGCAGCUACCUCGCCAGCGGAGUUACUCUUGGCUUUUGGCUGGACUUCAUCUGCGUCCUUUACUUGACCAUCGUCAUCGUUGCCUUCCUAGUCAUUGAUAGCAAAACCAUAUUCUCUGGCAACGUGGGGUUGGCAAUAUCCCAGACUCUGAUAUUGACGGGCAUGUUGCAAUUCGGCGUGCGGCAAACUGCCGAGGUCAUCUCGCAGAUGACCAGCGUGGAGAGAAUCCUGCAGUACACGCACAUCGAGCGGGAACCGCAGUGGGAUAAGGGAGCCAAGGAAACGCCUAAAAAUUGGCCAGCACGCGGCCAACUGGAAUUCAGAAAUUGCUACAUGAAAUACACACCAGAAGACUUGCCUGUACUCAAGAACCUAAACUUAGUCAUUGAGAGUGGCUGGAAGGUGGGAAUAGUCGGGCGAACGGGUGCCGGAAAAUCUUCGCUGAUAUCGUCAUUGUUCAGACUUGCCAUCGUGGAAGGAGAAGUUAUCAUAGACGGUGUGGACACUGGCAGCUUAGCACUACAGGACCUAAGAUCGAAAAUAUCAAUUAUUCCUCAAGAACCAGUGUUGUUCUCCGCGUCGAUAAGAUACAACUUGGAUCCUUUCAACUCGUACGAAGACGAUGCGCUAUGGCAGGCUCUUGAAGCGGUCGACCUAAAGGCAGCCAUCCCAGCUCUGGACUUCAAGGUGUCGGAAGGUGGAUCCAACUUCUCACUGGGACAGAGGCAGCUGGUCUGCCUGGCCCGAGCCAUACUCCGCGGAAACCGCAUACUCGUGCUGGACGAAGCCACCGCCAAUGUCGAUCCUAAGACCGACGAAUUCAUACAAAGAACGAUAAGAACGAGGUUCGCCGAUUGCACCGUGCUGACAGUGGCGCACCGGCUCAACACCAUCAUGGACUCCGACCGCGUCAUGGUGAUGGACUCCGGCCGGCUGGUGGAGUUCGACUACCCCUACCGCCUGCUCAGCAACCCCGAGGGACACUUCACCAAGAUGGUCAACGAGACGAGCGACAAGAUGUCCGCCCAGCUCUUUGAGGUCGCGAAGAAGACGUUCAUCGCCAAUGGCGGUGUCGUCGACUAGGACGAAGCUAGUGGCUACCUAGUCAAAAUGCUUUCGCCAGUUUCGAUAGCGAAGUUAAAUGUCAAAAAUGUAUGGGAUUUGGCAUAAUGCAUCGAAAGCGCCAUGACACUUUAGGGUCAAUUCAGGAUCGCAACGCGCGCGUAUCUUCAUUUCUAAAGAACUGAAUUGACAGAUUUCGUGAGUGUGAAAACAAAUCUGUCACAUACAUACAAAUUUAAAAAUGCAUCUACGCGUCGCAUUGCGGUCUGAAUUGACCCUAAGCGUUAUACUAGAUCCCAUAGGUACAUUUUUGAUAUCUAUCUGCGCCAUCGGAUCUGGCGAAUGCAUUUUGUCCGAGCGCUCUGUAUUUGUUAAGUUUCUCGUGAAUAACGUUUUGGAAUAAUGCAGUUAGGUACUUAGAGAUAUACUUAGUCAUUAUCGUAUGCCAAUGGCUUUACCGUUCGCAUAAGUUUCGUUGCCAUUUUAGUAGUGUAUGAAUACAUCACUUCCAACUUACACUUGUUUAUCUUCCCCUAAUUGUAAGUUACCUAAAGGUCGAGUAGGUAGGUGUACCUAGGUGGUAUGCGUAGAUGUAAUAUUCAGAUGGCAUCAGAAUUUCUGUCACAAAAUAGGGUCAAAAAUACGUCCUUCUUAUGUCUUAUUUACCUACCUAGAAUUAAAGAAAUCAUUUUGAAAGCGCGGUCCUCCUGCGCGCUAAGCGUUUACAAAGCCUAUUCAAGACAAUUUUUUGAUACAAAUUCUGGCCUAAUAAUGUAAGAAACUUUUGAAUUUAUAUAUUUGGAAUAUAAUUAUAUCUAGAUAGGUAAGUGUAUGUUAAGUACCUCUUGUACAUAAUGACUUAGCGGCAUUUUAUUCCAACACGGACUGAUAAAUAUGUAAGUGAACGAUGUUUAGUUAUUAAGGAAAGUGAGUAGGAGAAAUUGUUAUUUAUUUUAUUAAUUUACAAUCAUAACAUUUUGUUAUUAUGGGUACUGUGAAAUAAAUAUUGUGAUUGCCAUAGUUUGACCUCGAUCAAAUAAAAAUAGGA